GUGCUUUUUCCAACCUUUCGCAUUGGCACACGCAACGAAUAAAUUUCUUUCAAAUAAAUAUUUUCCGAUAAAAAUCCACUCCCAAUCUACCUAAUUAAUCAUUUAUAUGAUAACGUUUCAUCGAAUUAAUUAGAAAAAUCCACGAUUUUUGAAAAAUAUCUCGUUACGAAAUUUUGACAUUUGGCGCCAAAUUUAAACUUCAAAAUGAGUCUCCGAAAGAAUAAAGAAAAAGAUAAAUUUAAAGGGCUACCCCAGCGUAAAUCAAUGGCAGGCCCCACUCUUUUGAGCACAUUCACCCAACCGGGGGCCAUGAGAAAGAGCAUCGUCAGCGACAUGAUGGGGAAGCAAAUGAGGGCUAGUUACGACUCUGAAAACGAAACGGUCAAUCUCCAACACACUUUACCUUAUAAAGACUAUACGGCGCUAGACGGACGUAUUAAAAUGGUGUCAAUCACUGACGUAAAUAAAGAAAUUUUGUGUUGCAAAUACAACGAGGAUUUUGCCUAUUUAGCAGCGGGUUGUUCGGAUGGAAACAUCAUGAUGUAUACAACCGAAAACGGUACUUUAUUCACGAAUUUGAUCGACAAUGACAUCGAAAGGGCGACUGCUCCGGUGACGGCAAUACAACAUCGACCGGUCUCGAAAAGCUACCCCAUUAAUAACUGUUUUACUUGCACUUACGCUAACGGAUUCGUCAAAUGUUGGAAUUACAAUUUCAAUCAAUGUCUUUAUACGAUCAAAGAAAAUAGGGAAACUUUCGGCCUGACUUACCACCCCAGAUACCCCAAAUUUGUCACUUAUGGUGACGAUUGCAAAAUUUAUUUGUACGAUGAGGAAAGCAAAACCCAAGAACGGAUUUUAUCAAGCAGUAACAACCCCAAGAUCCACGACGGACAUACAUCUCGAGUUUUCGCCGCCUGUUUCCACCCCCGAUCCAAUUACGAAUUACUAACUGGGGGUUGGGACGACGUAGUCCAUUUUUGGGACUUGCGACAACCUCAUGCGAUACGACACAUUUCGGGGGUUCACAUGUGCGGCGAAGGCGUUGACAUCAACUCGAAAGGGACCGAAGUCUUGACAUGUGCUUUUCAAGUUGAAAAGCCAUUUCAAGUCUUCGAUUACGGCUCUGGUAACUUGAUUGGAACUAUGGACAAAGGGGAGGAAAACUCAAAAUUGUACAUUGGGAAAUACGUGUCGAAAGAUUUCGUCGUGUGUGGAGGCACAGCCCCUAAUAUUUUCCGAAUCAUUGAUAUGACUACUUACAUGAGUGUGGCUUCUGUUUUGGGCUUACCUUCGGCUGUUUACUCUCUGGAUUUGGGCCCCCCGAAGAAAGGGGUGGCUGCUCAACGCACCGAUAUCGGCGCUUCGCCCCAAAUGGCCUUCGUAUCGGGGAAAAAAUUAUACCAAGUGGACUUUAAUUAAACAAUCGCUCUUUAUUGACAUUAAAGCGAUACAUUUUAUUUUUUUUUAUAAUACACGCUAUAGUACAAAAAAGAAAAAUCUAUCACACAAAUACACACAAAGCAAGAACAGCGUUAACUAAAUUUCUAUUCUAAAAAGAAAAGUAAGAAUAAAAAAAAACC